AUUGGAUGACGUCUGCUGCGGCGAAAAGGUGCGUGCCUGACCGGAGUAUAGCCAUACCAGGUAAAAUUAGGCCUUUUACCACUUGUACUAUCUGACUAUUAUGGAAUUCACUUUUCUGCCAAGAUCACAAUCUCGGCCAAACAGGUGUCUUUUGAAAUCACUGCAUGAUCUCUAUCAAGGAAUUAGGCUUAACAUUGUAGUUGCCACAAGCUGUUAGUGAAAAAAAAAACGCGCGAGUGCAUCCACGGACGAUUGAUAAAUCACAAGGACGUCGUCUGCUACGUACGACAGAAAUCUGGACAGUGUUUCGCUAUUCUAACUCGUGUCAGUGUGUGUUUACAUUGUCUUACAGUAUUUCAAUUUGAUUUGGCACUGUGCCCCACAUUAUAUCGCGUCUCAAUGUGAAUUCAACAGUUCUUGCUCGAUCCAUACAUCAUUCAACUUGACUUUAUUCUGUGAAGUAUACGACUCAUUGUGGAUGAUACGCCUAUACUUUCAGUAAAUGUUAAGAGCAUUGGUGUGACUUUAAUCUUCUUGGUACAAUGGCGACAUUAAAGGAAGUGGCCUUGCUAUACUCCCCCUUAUCAACUGACCACCGAAAUGAGAUCGAAGAAAAGACAGACGAUGAGAUCAUGGAAUACAAAGGAUGUACGAUGUCCACUGAAUCGCUCAGCACUGGAGGAAGUAUACACAGGCGUUUUGCUCCGUACACGACCAGUACCAGAUUCUUCAAUCGACUCCACGUUGACAGCAAAUAUGGGGAAGAAAGUCCAGAAAAAGACGAAAACAAUGUUCCUAAACAAAGUGAUUAACUUUAAAGAGAAAAAAAAUCUUCGCAACCAGUGCAAAUAUCGAAGGAGGAAGAGCUUGUUCAAUAAAAGCCACGAACUGGCUGAGGUUACUGGAUGCGAUGUGUUUCUUUAUGUCAAGGAUGAGUUUUCAAAAGUUACAUAUUGGGGAACAGAUAAUGCAUUGCAACUCUUUCAACCAGUAAUAGAUUCUUGUGACAACAAUGACAGUACCCCAGUUUCAUCUGUACAGUUUGUAACUCCGUCAAAAACCCCGAAACAUUUACAGAGCGUGGUUCCAUGUGAUGCAGAUUCAUCCGAUUUAGGAACUCUCUUAUCACAAUUAGCCAGUGGAUCAGACAGCUUGGCUCUGAGUGACAUCACACCACUAUCUACAUCAUCUCCAAGCACAUCUGUACAAGUCACACCCAAGGCCAUUGCCAGUUCCUCACUGAACACCCUCAGCAGAGCUUCACCUAGAGUCGGUGUACACCCAUCCACAUCUCAGAUCUCUUCACCAAAGCAUGCAUCCACACCAGAUACUCUUAAGAACUCUCUCUCUACUUCAACACAAAACCUAUCACAGAGUGUUUGUACUCCAAGACCAGCAGCAAAGCGCAAACUAGUUGGUGGUACUCCAGAUUCAACACCCAAAUGUCAACGCACUGCAGUGUCAAGUGGUGUAAACGAAUCCCCACUCCCAAGAGCUCCUGGCAAAUCUUUAGUCAGCACAAGCCUUCAAACAUACCAAAGUGUUUCAACACAUGAUGCUUCAUGCAAAGAUAAAUCCACAUUUUCAGAUGUAGUACAACAUCAAUCCAUGCCUGAUGCUGCCGUGGAUUCAUCGACACAUGACAUAGCACUAUCAUCUAAUGUCCAGGAUGAACCAAGUGAGAAAGAAGGACUGAACGAUAAUGAAAUCAUUCAAAAGGACAAAGCCAAAGGGAAGCAAAAGAAAAAAAAAGAUAUUUACAUUGUAGAAGCAAUUGAAGGUGAAAAGUUAGAAGAUGGAGAAAAGCUUUUUUAUGUCAAGUGGAAGAAUUGGCCCCGUAAGUUUAAUACGUGGGAACCAGAACACCACAUACUGGACAUACGCUUGCUAGAAGUCUACUACCAAAAGAAGGCAGAAAAAUAAACUUUUUUUUCAGUAACAAAUGGCCUUUUUAUUUCAUAUUAUCAUUAGGUCAGACUAAUAUUCAUGAACAUACCUGAAGUAUGUGGAUAAAUCACAAAAGCUUUGACAGAGUUUAUGGAUGACUACAUGUAUGAUGUAACCACCAUGUUCCACAUAAAUGUACAAGUAUAAAGAAAGCAAAAUUACAAAUAUACAUGUACUGUACAUGACCAUGUACCAUCUUUGUCAUUUCUAAACUACAUUUGAUCUGUAUGGUGUAUUUACAUACAUAAGUACAUCUCGUAAUUUUUUAACAGAUUUCUGUUCAUGAAGUGAAAUAAAUGUUUUUUUUUAAUAUUGAGCUGAACAAAACUACUGAGUAACAACAUGUACAUUUGAUGUUGACUUAUUCCAUGAUUUCUUCUCUAAAUUUCAUGAUGAACAUGCACUAAGACUACAUGUACCAGUAUACAUGUAACAGAAAGCAGACAAACCAUGAUAGUGAUGCUACAUGUACAAUGUAUAGUUGAUCUUUGAAACAUCUGAAUUUAUAGUGAAUCAUGUACACUGUACUCAUAUGCAGCAAAGGAACAAUGUACCCACUGAACUGUGAAUCAACGCAUAAUAUACCAGUACAUGGAAUUCUUCUAUUAAAAUAGUAUCUUCCAUUUUUAUUACACUGUAGGUUCAAAAUUCAUACUACAUGUAGUAGACGAACAUGUUCAGCUUUGUAAAAUAAAUUGUUUAAACUAAGUGCAUGUAGAAAUUCAUCUCUUCCUUAAUCAAUGUUUAAAUAUGUUAGAAAAAUAUGUAUUACGUAUCGAUUCAGUAAGUACAGUAGCAAAAUGAGGAAAUAAAUCCCUCAAUUUACAUAGUUCAUUUACUGUAUGCAGAUGACUAUGAAAAAAUUAGGUUACAUGGACAUGUAGAUAUUGUAUCAAGAUAAAAAAAAAGGAAAACAUAAAUAUACAUACAUGUAUAUGUCCAUAAUACAGUAGUGUGCAUGUUUUUAGUAAAGUUGCACCCCAAAUAUUCAUGGUGUGAAGACUGAAGAUAGAUUGUACAUGUAUGUUUCAUUUUUAAAGGCAGGGGAGGCCCACUGUACAUGGACAUGCUGCACUUCACUGUACAUGUAUAUAUAUCUGUAAAUACUUGUAAAUACAUGUAAAUUACUUUGUUCUGUAACAAACAUGCAAAGGCAAACAAAGAAAAUAUGUGAAAAUUAUCUUUGGCCUACGAUGCAUCCAAACUCAUCAUGGCCCACUACAUGACUAGAAACAGUUGAGAAGCACUGAUCUACAUGUAUAUGAAUGUACAGAGGGAAUCGUUUCAUUUGCUCUCAUGUGCACUGUAAACUAAGCAGAUAGAAAUAGCUUCUACAUACAUGUACCAGAAGAGUUCAUGAUGUAGAGUUUACUCCAAUAAUUAAUGAAGAGAUUCACAUACAUGUAUACAUGAAAUUCAUGUUGUCUUUGAUAAUUGAUAUGUUUACCAAAUGCACUUACAUACACUGAAAAUGUGCAUACACUUAUUGUAUACUUAUACUGUUCAAGAUAUAUUUGCAUGAAUAAAUGUUUCUUUUUCUU